GUCGCACGGGAUCGUUACUCACUGCUCAGGCGGGCUCCGGGCGCGGGGCUGAAGAUGGAGUGGGAAGUUGGGGAUAACAUUUUUCUUUUAUUUUUUUAAAUUACUGUGACUAUUCUUACGGUUCCGUGCUUACUCAGGAAAGCAAAAAAAAAAAAAAAAAAAAAAAAAAACCAAACAGGCGCGCAAAAAACAAAAAACAAACAGAAAAACAAAAAAAAAGCAAAACAACAACAACAACAAAAACCCAACAAAACAACAACAACAACAAAAAAAGAGCAAACAACAACAACAACCAAACAACAACAACAAACCAACCCGAUGCUCCAGUUCUAACCGUGACCGCUGCCUACCGGCAUGCAGAGCUGUGAGUGAGGAGCAGCAUCUUCUUUUUUUUUUGUUUGUUCGUGGUUUUUUUGUUUUUUUGGGGCUUUUUUUUUCUUUUUUUGGUCGUUUUUUUUUUUUAAUCAUUUUUGUAAGCGAGGAGGAAAAAAAAAAAAAAAAAAACCAAACAAACCUAAAAAGGACCUCUGAUCCGAGUGCCAAAGUAGGGGAGAUGUGUCAGUGACCGGGCUGCGAUGGUACUUGCUGCCUACUGCGUGAUCGCUUGCUCUCUAAGUAAAAUGAGACACAGAGCUGUUGCUGAGACGAGCGGGAACAGCACUUUGAUUUGCUGGUUUAAUUAAAAGUAUGAUAAAGGACUGAAGGAAAAAGUGGAUGUGGACCGCAGGUUACGAACCCAGACACACCUGGAAAAGGAGGACGAGAAGAAUUAAGUCUAGGAAAGCCCAGCGGAGAUAAACGAAUGUCCCCACACCUCCAAAGGAAAGUUCAUCCAAUUUUUACUCUAGAGCUCUCAUCUUCAGGAUGUCAUUGAACACUUCCAGUACAGGAAAAGGUGUGGAUCCAAACGCGGUUGACACUUACGACAGUGGCGAUGAUUGGGAAAUCGGUGUUGGGAAUUUAAUAAUCGAUCUGGACGCCGAUUUGGAGAAGGACAGACAGAAAUUUGAGAUGAAUAAUUCUACCAGUACCACCAGCAGCAGCAGCACCAGCUCCAAGGAUUGUGGGGCUCUGGCUUCCAGUGGGGCUAAUACUACCUCAGCCUUAGCUGAUGGCCUAAAAUUUGCUUCUGUUCAGCCCUCCGCUCCCCAGGGGAAUUCCUCUCACAAAGAGACUAGUAAAUCAAAAGUGAAAAGGAGUAAAACUUCUAAGGAUGCUAAUAAAUCUCUGCCUUCUGCUGCCUUGUAUGGGAUUCCUGAGAUCAGCAGUGCUGGCAAGAGGCAGGAAGUCCAAGGGCGCCCUGGAGAGGCAACUGGCAUGAAUUCAGCACUGGGUCAAAGCGCGAGCGGUAACCCAAACGGCAAUAAUAACAGCACCAGCAGCACCACCGCCAUUGCCUCUUGUGGGAAAAACAAGGAGGAAAAACCAUGUAAAAACCAGGGCAGCCGAGGCGCCAAGCGGGAUAAGGAUGCGGGGAAGUCCCGGAAGGACAAGCAGCACGACCUGCAGCUGGGCCCCCCCAGCGGCCCCGGGGGCGGCGGCGGUGGCCAGGGCCCCCCCGGGCACCUCUAUGGCUACGGGUCCAAGGGCGGCGGGGGGAGCGGCAGCCCCUUCCACUGCACCGCCGCCGCAGCCGCCGGGGAAGUUAGCAAAGGCGCCCCGGAUUCAGGGUUAAUGGGGAACUCUAUUUUGGUAAAAAAGGAAGAGGAGGAGGAAGAGAGCCACAGGAGAGUCAAGAAAUUGAAGACAGAAAAGGUUGAUCCCCUGUUUACAGUGCCUGCACCUCCACCUCCAAUUUCCAGCAGUAUCACACCUCAGAUUCUGCCUUCCUACUUUUCUCCAUCUUCAUCCAAUAUUGCAGCACCAGUUGAGCAGCUUUUGGUACGGACUCGUUCAGUGGGUGUAAAUACUUACGAAGUUGGAGUAGUAACAGAACCCGAAUGCCUUGGACCCUGUGAGCCUGGAACCAGCGUGAACUUGGAAGGAAUUGUGUGGCAUGAAACUGAAGAAGGUGUCCUGGUGGUAAACGUUACGUGGAGGAACAAGACUUACGUGGGAACGCUGCUGGACUGCACAAAGCAUGACUGGGCCCCUCCCAGGUUUUGUGAAUCUCCAACAAGUGACCUGGAAAUGCGAGGCGGAAGGGGCAGGGGGAAGCGGGCAAGGUCCGCUGCAGCUGUGGCUAUACCUGGAAAUGAUACAAGUUUCACUGAGUCUAGAGGACUUCAGAAUAAGAAUCGAGGUGGUGCUAACGGAAAGGGAAGGAGGGGCAGCCUUAACUCAAGUGGGCGCAGGACACCCCCAAAUUGCUCCAUGGAUGAAGUCAAAGCCAGCCCCUCAUCUACAAACAAGAGAAAAACUAAGCCUCCUAUGGAGCUAGACUUGAACUCCAGUUCAGAGGACAAUAAGUGUGGAAAACGUGUUCGUACAAAUUCCAGAAGCACUCCAACCACCCCACAGGGGAAACCAGAGACUACUUUUUUGGACCAAGGCUGCUCUUCUCCAGUGCUGAUUGACUGUCCUCACCCUAACUGCAACAAAAAGUACAAGCACAUUAAUGGACUACGAUACCAUCAGGCUCAUGCACACUUAGACCCAGAAAACAAACUGGAGUUUGAGCCUGACAGCGAAGACAAAAUUUCAGACUGUGAGGAACCACUGAGUAACACGGCACUUGAAUGCAGUGAACCAAGCACAAAUUUGCCAGGCUUUGAUCCACUAAAAGCACCAACAUCUCCUUCCUCCGUUACUACCCCAGGGACCCCCAAGGGAAAAAGGGAACCGACCAGCAAUGGCACCAGUUCAGUUAUCAGUUCCAAAACUGGCAAGAAUUCGGGCAAAAAGAAGGGUCUGAACAGUGAACUGAACAGCCUUCCAGUAAUUUCUAACAUGUCAGCCACACUGGAUAAUUGCUCUGUAACAGAUGGCAAUUUGCAAACUGAAAUGCCAAAACUGGAGGCUGAAGGAUUAAUAGACAAGAAGAGUUUGAGUGAUAAAGGCAAGAAAGCUAAUAAUUGCAAAGUGGAUAAAAACAUUUCCAAACUGAAAACAGCCCGGCCUAUUGCUCCAACGCCAGCACCGGCUCCUCCCCAGUUAAUAGCUAUACCUUCUACAGCCUUUACAACCAGCACUACAGGGACAAUACCAGGACUGCCCUCUCUAACAACUACUGUUGUUCAGGCUACACCAAAGAGCCCUCCGCUAAAACCUAUUCAACCAAAGCCCACAAUUAUGGGGGAGCCAAGCACUGUAAACCCAGCUCUCACAUCACUCAAAGACAAAAAGAAAAGGGAGAAGCGAAAGCUAAAGGACAAAGAAAGCAAAGAGAGUGGAAGCCCUAAGAUGGAUUCUAAGCUGGGAAAGCUAGAGGAUUCAAAAGGGUCUGGGAAAGAUUUAUCUGGACAUUUUUUAAAGGACCAUCUCAACAAGAAUGAAGUGUUAGCUAAUGGACUUUCUGAGUCUCAAGAGAGUAGGAUGGCAAGUAUUAAGGCUGAAGCUGAUAAGGUUUACACAUUCACAGACAAUGCGCCCAGCCCUUCUAUAGGGAGUGCCUCCAGGAUGGAAUGCAGCACUUUGGUGAAUGGACAAUCUUCAAUGGCACCACUGCAUGUGUUGACACAAAAUGGUGCGGAUAGCGCUGCUGCUAAAACCAACAGCCCUGCUUACUCUGAUAUUUCUGAUGCAGCUGAUGACGGUGGCUCUGACAGCCGGUCAGAGGGCAUGAGGUCAAAGGCCAGCUCUCCUUCAGAUAUUAUUUCUAAUAAGGACAGUGUUGUGAAAGUACAUUCUUCAACCACAUCACAAUCGUCACAGGCAAAAGAGUCUCAUUCUCCCUAUUACCAUGGCUACGAUCCUUAUUAUUCUCCAAGUUACAUGCAGUCUGGACAGGUCAGCACCCCAGCAGCUGGAAACUGCAGUACCCCACAGGGACUGAAGAUCAAAAAAGAGGCAGAUGAAGAGGCUGAAAAGAAAGAGAAGGCAGAACCGUCAGAUGCCAAGAAAAAUGAAAGUGGUUCCUCUAAUUUGCAGCCACAACAUCAGUCAGUAAUAACACAAAGACACCCUGCACUUGCUCAGUCACUUUAUUAUGGACAGUAUGCCUAUGGGCUCUAUAUGGACCAAAAGUCCUUAAUGGCCUCUAACCCUGCUUACAGACAGCAGUAUGAAAAAUAUUAUGAGGACCAGAGGCUAGCAGAACAGAAAUUGGUACAGACUGGGAGGGACUGUGAAAGGAAGAAUGAACCUCCCAUGAAGGAAAUUGGAAAGGAUGAUAAGCAGAAAAAUAUUCCAUCUGCAACUAUUUCAAAGGCUCCUUCAACUCCAGAGUCGAGCAAAAAUAACACUAAAAUAGGGUCUUUGGUCCCUAACAAAGGUGAGGAGACGAGCAAAUCACAGAUCCUUUCCAAUCACCAGCAGCAGCUUCAGUCUGACAGUUUCAAAGCCAAACAGAUGGAAAACCAUCAGCUCAUAAAGGAGGCUGUGGAGAUGAAAUCUGUCAUGGACUCCAUGAAGCAAACGGGGGUAGAUCCAACUACAAGAUUUAAACAGGAUCCAGAUACACGAACAUGGCAUCAUUAUGUCUAUCAGCCUAAAUACCUUGAUCAGCAAAAAUCAGAAGAACUUGAUCGGGAUAAAAAGUUAAAAGAAGACAGCCCUAGAAAAACACCUAACAAGGAAAGUUCCCUGCCUAACCUUCCUGUGUCAUUAGCAAGCAUUAAAGAGGAGCCUAAAGAGGUCAAGCGUUCUGAUUCUCAAUCAGUGGAUGAGAGCAAGAUAAAAAACGAUGAUCGAAAGACUCCUGUAAAUUGGAAGGACUCUCGGGGUGCUAGAGUAGCAGUUUCUUCACCAAUGAGUCAGCAUCAGUCAUAUAUCCAGUACUUGCAUGCUUAUCCUUAUCCACAGAUGUAUGAUCCCAACCAUCCAGCCUAUCGAGCAGUCUCUCCUGUCCUAAUGCACAGCUAUCCUGGAGCAUAUCUCUCUCCAGGAUUUCAUUACCCAGUUUAUGGGAAGAUGUCAGGGAGGGAAGAGGCGGAGAAAGUCAAUACCAGCCCAAGCAUCAAUGCGAAAUCAACCACUGAGUCCAAAGCACUGGAUUUACUCCAGCAGCAUGCCAGCCAGUAUCGCAGCAAGUCCCCUGUUCCCGUGGAAAAAUCAGCAGCUGAACGUGAACGGGAAGCAGAAAGGGAACGAGAUCGUCAUUCACCUUUUAGCCAGCGACAUCUCCACACACACCAUCACACACAUGUUGGAAUGGGUUACCCGCUUAUACCUGGACAGUAUGACCCAUUUCAAGGAUUGACCUCUGCUGCCCUUGUUGCCACUCAGCAGGUGGCUGCGCAGGCAUCUGCAUCUGAGAAUGAUGAGUUUGGAGAUGUACAUUGUCAUGUGACUGGAUCACAUGAGGAAGCGCUUUAUUACAGACAUCAGUUCCAUGGUGUUAAUUUGAAAUGCCUUAAUGGCAGGCAAAAACCAGUCAUUUCAUUUUUGUAAAUUGCAGAUUUUAUCACAGAGUAACAAAUGUUGCUGUAAUUAGACUUCUGUUUUUAUAUAUAUAUAUGCGUAUAUAUAUAUACAUAUAUAUAUAAAAAUAUAUAUAUAUUCUUUACUUUUUUUGUAUCAAUAACCAGGCUCACACACAGGGUCUGCUGCUAAGUUGCAAACCACGUAGUAAAAGGAGAAAUGUAUUUGUCAUGUUUAGAAAGUGUUAACCACAAAAGGUUGUUUGUUUCUUUUCUCUUCUUCUUUCUGUUUUCUUUUUCUUUUCUUUUCUUUUUUUUCUUUUCUUUCAAAUUGUAAAUAAAUAAUGUUAUGUAUCAGUGUGCCUGAACCUUGCAUACCCUUCUGAUAUUUCCCACAAGCUCUCAGAGAGGCUAACUGUGAUGACACUUUGGUACAAUGUAGAUGUCUAUUUGGUGGCUUCUAUUAAGAUGCAUCAGUGUAAAAUGUUACUGUAUUCGCUGUUUCAUUGUAAUUGUGUAUUGUGAAAAAUAUACCUUUGGAAGGCAUGGGGAUCUUAGUACCACAAAAACUGUGUUGUAUAUAAUGUAAAAUUUUUAAAUGGAAAAUAAUGAGCAUCUGUGAAUAAUGAAAUGUCUUUUUUGAUAAUCUUGAAUGGCAGAUAACCAAUAGCCUGCAUAACAGAAGACAUCUGUGAUUGUUCUAUUACUUGAAUAGUCCUGCAGUCUUUUUUUUAAUGUUUACAAUUAUCCAGUUUUAGAAGAGAGACUUUAAUGCCAUUGCCUGGUUACUUGUUUUAUGCUGUAAUCUAGUUUAUUUUAUGUAAAAUGUAUAUUGAAUGCUUUCAUUUUUAUACCUGCCUUAAAUAAUUUGGCAAUCAGAAUAAAGAAAAAAAGUUGUUUUUGUACUUUCUUGGUGUCUAUGGGCCACUUCAAAAACAUGUGUUGUAGGCGUAGGUAGCAGAGCCUGAAGUUGCCACUCAACUCCUAGUCUGUGUCUCAGAAACAUUCCCUGGGACUCAGUUACCAGUGUGCCCAGCAGCGAUUCUCUCUCUGCCUUCCCUGCUGGGCCUGCAGCUCUGUCUUCUCCCAGGGGCAAUGUGGGACCCAAGCAGCAGACCUCUUUCUGUUGACCCCAGCAGGCUUGGAAGAGGCCCAUGGUAGACUCAGGUGGCAUUUGUCGUACUUGAAAAGGCACUACAGGUUUGCCUUUCUGUGCACAGCUGUGUUAGUAUAAAAUACAGGUGAUUUUUGUGUGAUAUCUGUAUUGCCCUGCAAAAUAAGCAGUUGUGCAAAAAUGGAGAACACGUAGCUUAAAAGAAAAGGGCCAUUGCUGUGCUUAACCAUUGGUUACCUGUAUUACCACAAAAUAAAUGUAUUUUGUGGCCGUAUCGCCUAUUUUGUUAUAUUGCACUAAACACAGUACACAGGAAUAUGAAGACACUAAUUGUAACUUGAAAAAAGGUCAGAUUUACUGGUCAGGUUUUUGAGGCUUUAAAUUCUAUCCUUUCCUACAUAUCCCAGUCGUAUCACCUGUUGAAACUAUUUCUUAAAGUUUAAUAUUGUUUGGGGUUUGUUUUUUUGUUUUGUUUUCUUUUGUUUUUUGGCAGGGUGAAUUAAUGGAAGUUAGAGCUUGUUUAUGAAGUCGAUUCCAUUUCUCCCGCCUUGUGAAUACUUAAUACAGAAGGAUGAAUUAAAGGUCCUCAGCAGACAAGCACACUUGGAGUUUUUAUAUUGCUAUGAUGAAUCUGCCAUUCUAUUGCUAUGAUUGUUUUAUUUUUAUAGAUGUAAAAUCAGUUCCCUUAGUGACUAGUAGUAAGGUUUGUUGAUUUUUAAUACACAUUAUUCGUCUGUGGCUUAUUUGCAUCUUGUUCUGAACACGUUCAUAAGGCUCACAGUGCUGACAUACCACAAGUUAGCUUCAUCAGAAAUGGGCAGAAAAGGGUGCUUUUUUUUGGAGAUGGGGAUAUUGUGAAUACAGAACUCCUGAAAAAUAAGUGCCUUAUUACUUCUAUAUUGAAAGCUUAGAUGGCUUUUGUAUCGAGAUAUGCCAUUGAUUUCUUUUCCGUCUAGACUGCUAAUGCUUCUGCAGCAAAACAGAUCUUACAAAUUCACACAAUCUGCGAUGUUGAUUUGGUGUGGUUUAAUAUUGUGUUGUAGGUAACUGGAAUGAAUUACUCUGAUUGAUACAGGGUAAGCAGCAGCUAAAAUAGUAUUAAUGUUAUAGCAUUAUUAUAUCCUUGAAAUCUGUAAGAGAGGCUUAUGGGCAUUGCCAUUUGUUGUCUUCCUCCACUAAGGUUAAUUUUUUGCAUCUUCAUAACUUCAUCGCUUUCCUUUUGAUUUAAUGCUUGCCACUUCCUUAAAGGCUAUGCAACUGGUUCAGUACUCCUCAAAGCCAAAAGCUAUUCAGCUACGUGUCCAAGCUUGACAUGCAACUGCUGUAAUCAUUCAAUCAAUUCAGUGUGUAUCCAAAUGAUGAGCAGAAUGAGGAAGGCAGUUUACAAAUCUGGGAACUAAGGGCUGCAGAAGCUGAUAGGUGGCAAGGGGCAUCUGAAGCAGUGUGGUACAGAUGUACCUGUACCUUGUUGUCCAUACGCAGGGCUUGCACUCCUUGUGACUUGCAACUAACAACCGUACUACUCUGCUCUUAUAGCAGCUACUAUCAAGUGAACCUACUUUGUUUUUCAUCAGAAUGUUGCUAGACAUCUGUUAGAGGUGAACUAGGGCUUUGGUAUUACACUUACUUCUCUUGAGUUUCUAAUCUGUCCAUGCCAUGCAGCUAGAGGAAUGAAACGUCUCGCCAGUGGGAGCCCACCACACCAACCCAAAAACCCCAGCCAGGGAGCUAUUGCCUGUGAUGCUUGCACUGGGAAAAAACAGAUGUGAAUCAAGAGGCGGUAGGUUGUUUUGUUUUGUUGUUGCUUUUGAUCAGUCUUGCAAUUCUAGAGGCUGAAAUAGGAUGGAGAUCUAAAAGACAAUUGGGUGGCUUACCUAGCUAGACUAUUGAAAAUGGGGCCCAAGAGAAACAUUUUUCCAGUUUCAUGUGUGGCCCUGGGGGACGCCUAAGAACUCACAGAGCUAAUUUUGUGCUGUCUCCUCUAUCCUUUGCUUCUGUGUUGCUUGGAUGUAAUCACUGGAUCAUAAGUCUGUGACAAAUGCCAGCAGUGCAUGUGCCUUCAGUAGAUGUGAGAUGAGAGAACACAUGAAUCCAUACUAGAAUGCACCAGGUACUGCUGAUAGUACAAAAAAUGGCAUAAAAAAAGAGCUUCAGAAGUGCCUUUCUGCAGUUCCCCAGCCUGGCUGUUAUCAGGGAGAGUGAAAGAAAUCUAGUGCUUAUUUCCUUCUGGCAUCACAAUCUUGAUCACUGUUUGAUCACAACUAACAAAUGUAUUGUCCUCAUCAUGCUGCCUCAGAAUAUCAGUCAAUAAUGGUUUGCCAUGCUCUCUUGCGCCCCUUUUUCUUCACUCCUCUCUCCUGCUCUCCUCUCUACUGGAUCACUUAACAGGCUCUCAAGCUUUUGUCCAUUCAAUACCAUCAAAACUCAGUCUUCCUGUUUGUACAGCUAAAAACCCACAUAGAUUUAUGAACUCAACCCUUGAUUACUUAUCUGCCUCUUUCCUUUUAUCACCUUCCCUUUCUGAAUGUUUUUUAAAUAUAUCUUAUGCUGUGUUAAUGCAUCCUAUUUCUCUUCAGCCUAAAAUGUUGGGGACAGAACAUGUCUUGCUUCAAUUUCAUAAAGAACAGGUCUUGUUUAUAGUUCCUUCUGAAUAAUAGCAAUGGAUCAUUUUAAGAUAGCAUAGAUGAUAGUGUAAGAUGUCUUGAGCAGCUAGAGCAGGCCAUUAUUAACAAGGAUCUUACUAUAACUAACAAAAGACAUUACAGUUUUAAAAGGAAUUUUGAAACCGUCUAAUGCCUCAAAGACUGGAAAAUAUAUCCAGCCCAUAGAAACAAUCUGACGGCGUAACUCCUUGAAUCAGAGAGAGAUGGAGGUAUACAGUCAUUACUUAAUGAACCAGCUUUGCUUUUCUUUAGAAAGAAAACUGUUUUCUUCAUUUGUUUCAGUUUUAGUCUUUUUACGUAGCUUUCUGUAUCAACGCUCUGUAAAAUCACCAUGAACUUUGAUUUUCCGUGAUGGUUUUACUUACAUCAGCAUUUCCUAAGUUCACAUAGUUUUAGCCUUUUCUUUAAGGUUUUUUUGUUUGGUUUUGUUUUGCUUUUUGAGCAAGUCCUACUUGUUACUGUUACUGAGAAAUGCAUGAGGAUGUCAUUCAAGAGAAGUCACAUUUGACUCUGGGAAGCAGCAUAAGCUAUCCACUCCAAUUUAAAGUGGAAAAACCCUAGGUCAUUUUCGUUAUGUUCUUCACCUCUUUCUUUAGAAAGAGCAUGAGAUUUAGAAAGUCUGUUUUUCACAGAAACUGGAAAACAAAAGAAGUCCAAUAACCUCAUGUGUUUUUCAGCUCAGUUUCAGAACACCUUUACUGACCCAGAGACCAUUCUGCCUUAUCAGAGUGCACAGAAAGUCCUUUCUGACGUACCCAGUGUCUUUUAGCAGUUCGGUCUGUUUAUUCUGAGGGGGGGGGAAGGCUUUUCAAAGACACUAUUUUUCACCUUCUUAACCAUUUUAAGGUAGUUUGAUGGUUGUAGGACACCGUUAAAAUCCUCAUAGCAACUCUUAGUAAUUGCAACCAGCUAAAUAGUGUUCUCAACUCUUAAACUUCUUAUCUAGGCUGAUAAAUGAGCAAACUUAAGGAUUUUGCUGAGGUAAUUAUUACUUGCCACUUGACGAUAUUUAUCAUGCAGAAAACUUGUUAUUAUCCACCGUAAUACUGUAGAGAAGUGCUCUGGGGACUUUGAAAGCAGAUGUUAUUGUAGACAAAUGAACUGCUAUAGAUCAAGGUGGUAACUAGUUCUGUUUCAAUAGCUACAUAGUAUUUUCAGCAGCCUUGUGAAGUAUUUUGGGGUGGUAUAACGGUGUGUGUUAGUUAUGUGAUUUCCAUCGUUUGAAUUUGCUGAUGUAGAACUGUGCUUGUCUGUAGUUUUCAGCAUAAUGCUUCGGGAUUGCUUUGUGAAACUGAGUAGUAUAGCAGCACCUGAUGAAAUAAGAACUGAGGAAGCAGCAAUUCUCUGAAAGCCUAUUUAAACCCUGAACACACAUUUCAAGGCAUACAUCUUGACAGGUAGAGUAAAUGGUUGCAGUCCUUGGCUGGAGAGGAUGGAUGGGACCAGGACAGUCCCAAGGAGCCCCUGCCCCACCUUGGAUGUGGUGGGUGAACAAGGACGUGCAGUUUGCUGCUGUAAGACUUGUUUUGGGACUGUUUCUAAUAGAAGAGUAUGCAGGAAAUGUGCUUCAGUUGAACCCUUGUUAGUAUUUUCUUAAUUAGCCCAAUGAAAGUUGAAAGAGCGGAAAUGAGAUGCAGGAUAAAUAGCCCCAGAGUCUUCUGAUCAGAGAACCUCCUAGGUAGCACCUGCUGCAGUUUGAAUUAUCUCACUUUUGUAAAACUUUUGUCCAUGCGACACUAGAAAUAACUUGAGGGAAGAAGGAAAGAUUUUCCUCUCCCCCAUACAGCAUGGAUGACUGAAAGGGACAGGAUUUGUACUUAGUUUUAAAAAGAGCUGGCCUUUAAUACGUGUGCUCAAAUUGAGUACCUUCCUUGAACAAAACCAGUUUCUACUUGAUAAGUCUUUAUUCUGCUGUGCUGGCCACUUCAGAAACCUGCCUACCUUCUUCCUUUGGGUCUUUGUGUUUGCCGGGUGACAGCAGAAGGACUAGAUGGACUGCAAGGAUGGCCUGACAGUUCUGCUUUUCUAUUGCUUCUGCAUGCCAGAGCAAGGCUUUUAUAAUUCCUUUUCUCCGCACCUUUCCCUGCCUUUGUCACCAGGUCAAUUCUAAGUGUUUGCAGUGAUAAGCCCCAUCAAGCUGCUGAUCUUUAAGCAGAGCUCCAGACAGAAAAGGUCAUUAAAAUGUCAGUGACACAAUACGUCUUCCAUGCCCUGCUUUGGAAUGUAACGAUUUAAUACCAGGCUUUGCCUCGAGUAUCUGCCGAGCCCUUUCAUGAUCUUCCUACUUUCAAAUGAACUGGUUUCCUUUGUAGAGAAUUUGCCAAAAUCCUCAGCCCCUGUAGAUGUCUUGUGACUUACUGAUGUUAGAUGGCCACUUUAAAUUCUAUGUAUUGUGGUAAUUUAAUAUUGAUGAGUAGCUCAGCACCAACAUGACAUUUUCUCAAUCCCUUUCCUCAGAAGGGCAGGGGGAGAAAAUAGGAAAAGAGGCUGAAGGAUAAGGACAGGGAGAUGGCUCCCCAGUGACUGUCAUGGGCAAAAGAGGCACAGCGUAAGAGACACUGAUGUAAUUUAUUGCCAACUAAUAACAGAGCAAUGGAAACUAAAAGCCAACAAACUGAAACUCCAUCUUCCCAUCCAUAUUCUUUGAUCACCUCCCCACAAAUGCCACAGAGGAACAGGGGACAGUGGCUGCUGUGCUCAGCCCAUAACACGCUAUCCCUGCACCUCUCCACGGUCACUCUCUGCUCUUGCUGCACGUGGGUCCCUACUAUAGACGUCAUCCUUCCCAGUCUGAUCCUGCAUAAGCUUCCCCAGGCAGCGGCUCUCCAAGCACUGCUCCUGCACUGUGCCACCCUUCAGGUGCUGCUCCCCCAGCCCUCCUGCUGCCCCAUGGGAUGCUCUGUUCAGGCUGCAGCUCCAGCCCAGGACUGCUCCUGCAGGCUGCCCAUAGCUGUACCUCCUCCAGGCCAUGUCCACUGCUGCAUCAGGAACUCCUCUGUGUCUUCAUGUGGAGAUGUGCCCCAUGCUGUGCCCGUGGGAUGCAGGGAACUGCUGCUCAGUGUCUGGAGCACCUCCUACCCUCCUGCCCCAUCCUCAGGGCCCACAGGGCUGCUUCUCUCACACAGCUCACCCCACUCUCCCAGCUGCUUUUGAGCGACAGUUUUCCCUUUCCUAAGCCUGCUGUCCAAGAGUGCACCCAGCACUGCUCAUGGCCCAGCUCUGGCAUGGGUCUCUUCUGGAGCAGCUGGAGCUGGCUCUGGUCUGACACAGGGCAGUGCUGGGCCCUGCUCACAGAACCCCUGCAGCACCCAUUACCAAACCUAGGUUGACCAUUUGAGUUAUGUAGAGAGGGGAGGGAAUGAUUAAAGGCUGGUUCUGGUUGGUAGGCAGGACAGGACACUUUGACAUAGAAGUCACCAAACCAAAAACUGCUGAAUCUGCCCUAAAGAUUCCAGUGCUAAACUCUACUGAAAGAGGAGGAUUUGGAGAGUUACAGGUCCAGCAAGAUCACCCAAGCAGAAUAAAGAGCUGUGGCACUAUGUAAAUCACUAACCAACCAGGGGUGUAGUUAGCAAGCAAUGAUACUGUGAAUUGCAGUGCUUCUUAGUAAAUAAAGCACUGGUGCUGGACAGAUGGGUGUUCUUCCCACAGCUAACAUAGAACAUACGUCUUCAGAUCCAAUAGGACUGUCCUGAGUGCUCAGGCAGCUGCUGCAAGCUUACACGCUGCUGCUGGCUCAUGAGCUGCCAUCUUGGUACAGUUUGAUUUCUUCAGUAGCAUGGGUCUGCAGCAGCAAGGGACGCAAUGUUUGUUAUCCCACAAGUGGUGGAACUCAAUGAGUCCAAACAACUCACAGAAAAUGAAGCAGCAUAAAGCAUGAGGUAGCCUGCAAGCGCAAGCAUGGCCAUGACAACUUAGUGUAUAGAAGGCACUAUGCUUGUCACAUCUCUAAUAUACAAUUCCCCUACCUCCAAAAGGAUGUGAUUUCUCUUAUUUUCGAACUCCUGUACACCAAGGACAGGUCUCUUCUGUCUGCAGUGAAAUGGCAGUAUUAGAUUACUAGCCAUCAAUAAGAAGGGCCUAUAUCUUUUCUCAUUAAUUGGCUGAUACACAUUUUAAGAAUCCAUCUUGAGUAUUUUUCUCUAUGGGAAGCGUAUUUCUGCAAUGGGAAAUCAUAGUUUUGUUCUUACUAGGUCUUUUAUUUUGGCUGCUGUGUUUUCAAACAGCACUUCAGUAUGCAACAUGGAUAAGGGGGAUCUCAGCUGAAAUCUUCAGAACACAGUUUUUCAUACUUUUUCAAAAUUAGUAUCGCACUUUUGUAUUACCUAUCAUAGUAUUUGGCAGAACCAGGCUCUUUGCAGGGGUGCCCAGUGGCAGGACAAAGGCCACAGGGUGAAACACUUUACUGUGUGGAUGACAGCAAGCACACGGCAGUGGAUGAUGGAUAUGUGUAAAGCAAGCACAUGGCAUUGGUUUGGGGGGACUAGGGGAUGUGGGGGUGGAGGGAGAGAGUGUGAGGGCUUUUUCAGGGCAGCUUAGAGCAGUAUGGGACCACUUCGCAAUCUCUGUCCCUUUCACACACCCACUCCCCUCUCUAGACUGUUUGCCCCUCGUUUUGUUUACUCUCCAUUAGUCCCUAGUGAUACCAUCAAGGUUGGAUACUAUUCUUGAAUCAACAGUUGAAUUCCCUCUAUUCUAACACCAUCAGGAGUAAAUUGCUAGCUAAUCGCCAAGGAAAGGAGACUUGAAGGACAAGUAAUUCUGGGAGAAAUGCAGCUAGUAAAGACAAGUUUUCAGUGGCUUUCUUGCCUAUUUGGACUCUCAGAUGUACAAUAAUUAGUGAACUUCUUCGUAUUUCCCUGUAUGACGCCACUAGUAGUCUGUCUCUCCUAAGCCUGUUUACAAGUUCUUGUAAAAUUAUAGGUCUUUGAAGCAUCUGUCUGUAGUUUAAUUGCAACAGACUCAAAUGUUAUGUGCAAGGGAAAGGCUACGCAUGGUUUAAUCACAGGAACUGUAAAUGAGAGUUGUGUCAGGCUCUCCUCUGGUGUGUGUCCCAAACAGUCUAAAAGGCAAACAGCCUAAAGACAGCAGUGAGUGUAACCACACCUUUUCCCUUCACAGCAGUGGGGUGGCUGGGGCUUACGUCAGCCCCUAUAUGUGAAACUGCACCGUGCUCUGCACCACAAGUUCAGUCCAGAAUGUCUCCAGGGACCACAGCUGUAGUAAAGAGAAAUAGCUGUGUUCUCAUUUGUUCUCUUUUAAGUGCAAAGCCGUGAAUAACAUGGGAAACUGACAUAAGUCUAGGUAGUGACUCUUGACUCCUAGAUCUGUCCGUAGUCACGAGAAUUAAUAACUUUGAAUUAGCCUGUUAUAGAGGUAUUUAUAUAUCUAGCUCUAGAUUUAACAUGGCCUUAUUACUGUGACACAAGGAACAGGCAAGUCUGGGUUUAAGAAAAACUAUGGCCAUUAUUUUUAAUGCUUCUGAAUGCCAACAACCAGCAAUGAAUCUUUCCACUCUUUGAUAAUAAGCUAGUUCAGACACGAGAAAAGAAGAAAGGCUUAUUUUUGAAAGCUGAGAGUAGUAACAACAUAAUGGUUUCAUUAUCUAAAUUUCAGUCACAACAAGGACAAAAAAAAUCCCUCUCGUGUAUGCUGAAGAGCUUUUCAGUCCUGAAAAAAAAAAUCAAUACCAUAUUCACACUAAUGUUUGCUUGCAUAAAAUAUUGACUGUAGACACACUGGCAGUUUUACAUAAAGACUUAAAAGCAAUCUUGAUCGUCUGAAAGGUUCUAAUUGUUCUUCCCCUUUCCUGAAAGGGUAAUGAAAGGACAACUAAAAAGCAGAACUAUAUAGUUAUUUUAUAACUGGCACUAACAAAUUUCACCAAUUAUAGAGUCCAUUCUGUAAGCAAUGAAUGUGUGACUCCCAAUUAAUCUAGUGUACCUCUAGGCAAGGUCUAAAUCAGCUGGAUACAGCUAAAGCAAUUUGCACACAGCUAAAAGCAAAUUGGAAAAUAAGUGUUCCACGCUACUGCCUAUCUUUCCAAGCCAAAUACACAACGGUAUGCUGGCAGCAGCGCUCUGUCAUGUUAUUUGCAGCUAUCAAUUUUAAUUAUACCAAUUAUUGAUUAGUUGGGAAAGUGAAUAACCUAAUGUUCAAAUGAGAUUGGCACGGCUUCUGGGGAUCUUUUUUCCCUUUCAUGCAUAUGUCUGUGUAGUGUUAGGAAAUACUAAGAAGAUACCUGCAUCGCUUUACUGAGCUAACUAUAACUGAAGUUGCAGCAGUGAUUUUUGUUGUUUUUGUUCUCAACAGAAGUUGAUACAAGUUGAACAAGGGCAUGAGAGGGCUCAGUUCAGGACUGCAGGCCAAAAAUUCCAAAUGUGGGCAGGCACCUAUUUUCUUACUUAACCACCCAAGCAAAUGAGCUGCUUUGUACAGGACAAGCGCUUCUGUUGCCCAGUGACUCCAGUUACUUUGCUCGCCUACUUACUUUUAGACAUAAACUGUUUCUUUUUGUAGAACAAUGCUUCUCUUGAAAGAGAGGAAAGAGGAAAUAGUCCAAUCCUUGCUGCACUGAGAGUUGUAUGAAUUUCAGCUAAUAAACAGAUCCAAGAAGAGCACAUCCAGAGUGGAGCAGGGUUUCAACCCCAAAGGCUGAUCACAGAUCCAGGUGUUUGGUGCAGGCUCAUCCGUAUGGCUAAGCAAACGCUCUCCUUUGCUAUGUUGCCGAAGACACAGUUUUCACUUGGAGUGAUCCACCAAACAGACAGCUACUGAGCUGCAUGCCAAAGUUGCCCUCCAGGAGCAUUAUGGACUGCCUUCUCCAAAGCUGAUGGAUGAGGGGAUGUUUCCCUCCAUGCCUCAAGCUUCUCCAAUGCUGAAACCUGUAGCUACUGGGGCAGGUUAAUUGGACGACAAGACCUCUCCACCAGAUUGAGAGCCCUUGACAUCAGAGAAUACAAACAAAGCCAAAAAAUUCCAAAGGUGUUGGAGUGAAUCCUGAAUGUGCCAAGCAGGGGAAUGUCUGUGUCUGGUAACAGGCUGCUCCCUGAGAGAAAAACAGUGGAACCGUUCAGUAGACACGUGUAUGUGUCAUCAUCUGGUCACCUUCAGAGUGAGCCCACGAUGGAUAUGAUAUCUCCUGCUCUGUAUUUUGUGUUUCCAAGCUGUUUUACUCAGUGUCAGGAUUUAGUAUUGCCAUUCAAAUUAUUUUACCCCACACUCAAAGCUUACAGCAGGCUCUGCUCAAUCUUAUAAAGAUGUACUUAAAGACAGAGCCCUGUUCCAGCCUUUUUCUUACGCCUUUCUUUCUCUUCUUUCACAUGAAGGGCAAAAAAAAAACAAAUAGAUAGCAGUUUCCUGCUUAGUAGUAUUUAACAAUUUAGCGUUGUCGUAUCAGAGAACCAUGAAAAAUUAUAGUUUACAAUCUCUUAGCUGGCAUAGAACAGUGCAAUUCAUAGUUUGUUAGGCUGUGAAUUGAUAGUCUCACAGCUUCUCAAUUAUUUAAAACAUAGUAUUAAUAUUGAAAUUGCUGUGCCUGUCCAUAACUUUGGGAUCAGAAACAUUCUUCAAGGGACCAUGAUCCCAUCUACAGUAAGUGCUUUUCACUUCAGAUUAAUAUGUCUUCAUUUGCCUUGUCACUGUGCAGACAGAGUGGAUCUCAAGCCAACUGAGGUCAAGCAGGAGUCAAGCUAGGCUAAGUUAAUUUUAUAUUCAGAGAACAUGAGGUCAGUGUGCUGGGGGGAUUUGAGCACCAAAAAAGGUGGGUAAAUAAAAUAUGGGUAUUUUAUGGAUUUCCAAAAGUAUUAUCACAGUGCAAUCCAGGGUAGGUAGGCAUCUGGCAACUGGGCUUCAAUGCUCUUGAAAAUGCUCUUGAAAAUGCAGCUGCAUUUGCAGAAAUGUUCAGGCAAUGUUGUUGUCUCCCUCUCCUGCUGCCUCAGGUCUGCUGAGAUAUCACCCUAACACUAAUAUGCAAAGCUAUGAAGGGCAGUAGCCUUCAGGUGCAUGCUCUGCAGGAGGACAGCUGGGAGCCAUCCUGUUGACUAAGGCACUGGGAGGCCAGUGACCCAGGGUGAGUGGCACCAUAUCCACUGAGUGCUGGGGACCUGUUUGCUUGGCAGUCCUUGCUGCAUGCCAGAUGAAGAAAGUCAAAGUGAAAACCAAAGAGCAUUAGACAAACCGUCUCCUGGUUGGCUCGGUCAUCAGAGGUGGCCACAAGCAAAUACAUGGGAAGGAGCAAGAAGAGGAAACCCAUCUCUGCCACUACUCUCCCACCGACAGUUUUCAUCUGGGUAUUUUCCGACCCUCUUUAAUUUUUUCUACAUAAUAAUGUACAAACUUUGAAUUCAGAGUGCUAGCUCAUUCUCCUGUUGGAUGCCAUAUGAACUUCUUCAAUUCACAGUGUUCCUUGCCAUGGACUUUCCACAUGUACUACACAUUGCAUGGAGAUCUGCUGACCCGAAUGCCUGUUACCUUUAUUUGACAAACAUAGAUUCUUGUACUGGAAAUCACAGCAUACAAUUUCUCUAAUCACCUCCCCUCUGUGUCUUUUGUGAUCUUUAGACUUAAAUGUGUCUUCUCAUAAGCGAUCUUUUUUUCACACUGAAGACAGCCAAACUAAUUGGUUUUUUGUUUGCUUUUUUGUUUGCUUGUUUAUUUUUUGUUGUUUGUUCUGUUUUCCUUUUCUCCUCUGUAUGGAGCCUUCUGAUCAUCCUUGUCGUGCUUCUCUGAACCUUCUCUGAACAUCAUUUACUGUUGUAGAGGCAAAUAUCCAUCUUUCCAUUGUGAGAACUCCCCAUUUAUUUCCACCUUUAACCUCCUGGGUUUUAGCCAGCUACAUCUCUAUUUGUGCUCUUAUUCUGGUGAGUUUCCUUAAAAACCAUAGUGUCGUGGUUUAAGUUGAGAUAGAAUUAAUUUUCUUUGUGAAGGAUCAUGUGAUGCUGCGUUUUGGACUUGUGUGAAAGGUGAUGUUGCAAACUCAACAAUGCUUCAGUUAUUGCAGAGCAGUAAUAGCACAGAGCCAAGGUCUGUUCUGCUUCUGCUGCUGCACUGGCAGCCAGGAGCUGGGGAUGCACAAGGAGAAGGGAGAGGAUACAGCCAGGACAGCUGACCUAAACUGGAUGAAGGGAUGUCUCAUACACUAUCAUGGGGGAGGUGUUCAAAGUGAAGCAUUUGUCUUCUCAAGAAACCACUAUGUGUGAUGAGCCCUGCUUUCCUGCAACGUCUGCCUGUUGAUGGGAAGUAGUGAAUGAACACCUUAUUUUGCUUUGUGUGGCUUUUGCUUUACCUAGUAACCUUUCUUUAUCUCAACCCAUGAGUUCUCGCACUUUUACCUUUCUGAUUCCUUCCCUCAUCCCACCUGGGGUGAGUGAGGGAGUGACUGGGUAGCAGCUGCCUGCUGGAUUAAACCAACUCAGUAUGGGUCACAAAAGGUUUGAGGUGAUAACAGAUUUAAUUGGACUGUAGAGAUGUUAUAGCUGUUUAGCUGCUAAUUGGCAGGUUCCUGUGCUUGUCACGGAGCUUGCUUGCCUUAUUGUAUGUUAGAGUUCAGUGCUUGUUAGUGACUGCUUUUGCUUCUGCCGUUUGCUGUACUCCCUUAGCAUCUUGCUUUGCUGUGCCUGGGAACGUUUGGUAACAGUAUGUGCCUGGGCUGUCAAAUAGAUGGGGUAUCACUGCUUUUCCUGUGCUGCCAUAUUGGACAGGCUGGGAUUCUAGUAUGAGCUUGAGUCAGAGGAACUGUGACCCGUGGAUAAGUCCACAUGGGAGCACGUACAUCUCAGUGUGUCUGUGGCCAUGGCACAGCAGGUGCACCUUUCAGUGUUCAUGUCUGUGGAUAAGGCCAUAUCAGAAUACUUUGAAGCAUCUGUCACAGUGGAUAAGAACAUUAUACAGGAGGUAUCUGAAGGGUCUGUGGCCAACGUAUAAGGCCGUGCCAGAGCAGGUACACUUCUAAAGGACUGUAGUUAAUGGACAAUUACAAACUGGAAGGGACAAGGGGAGGAGUUCUUUGCAAUGUUAAAUUCUGUGGCCUGAUCCAAAGGGUCAAGGAGUGGAGAUUUUAAUAGUAAUAAUGAAUCUUUAAAUUGUUGUAACCCUUUAUUUAAGUUACAUGUUAUAAGGCAAUUCUAUAGCAGGAGCCACCUGAAUCGAUGGAAGAUGAACCUCACAAGGAGCAGUGCAAGUACAGCAGUGACUCAACCUGAGUUGGCUUUGGCACCCAGUAACUCCAUGCAACACACUGCCUCUCCUGUCCUGAGCAACCACCGUAAAAGACAGAAGUUAAGUCGUGGACUAAAAGAACUCAGUGGACAUUUUAUGGACAUUUCACAGGGAUGAUCCAUAGACUAAGGGAAUGAUAUCUGCGUAUCAACUGAAAGGUUGUGACUAAUGAGAAUGUAUUGGAAAGUGUAGGACAUGAGCAUGACGUGAAUGAUAUGGAAUAAGGGGUGGAUAUUGUCAUAGUUUUAUCUGGAAUAGAGGGGUUUUUUUGUUUGGUUGGUUGUUUUUUUGUUUGUUUGUUUUUUGUAAAGGCUCAUUUUAUGCUUUUUUGUUUCUUUGUUUGUUUUCAUGAAAACAGUGGGGAUAUAUCAACAAUAUUUUAGCUGUUGCAAAGCAGUACUUACACAGAGCCAAGGACUUUUCAGCUUCUCACAUCACCCUGCCAGCGAGGAGCUGGAGGUACACAAGAAGCUGAGAGGGGACACCCCAAUUGACCAAAGGGAUAUUCCAUACCAUGUAGUGUCAUGCUCAUCAAUAAAAUAUGGAGUAAAAAAGAGGAAGGGUAGGAUGUUUGGAGUAAUGGAGUUUGUAUUCCCAAGAAACCAUUACGUGUGAUGAGCCCUGCUUUCCUGGAAGUGGCUGAACAUCUGCCUGCCAAUGGGAAGUAGUGAAUGAAUUCCUUAUUUUGCUAUGCUUGUGCACAUUGCUUUUGCUUUACCUAGUAAACUGUCUUUAUGUCAACCUA